ACGUUUUAUAUUUUGACUAUAAUAAAACGGAUAAAAAUUACCAGUCUAUUUUUGGAUUCAAUUUUUUCUCUCAAAACCACCGAAAACCCCCUCUUCUUGCUCUAAUGGCGACCAGUUCUCUCACAUCUUUCCGUCCCGCUCCGAUCCAAGCAUCGUCGUCGUCCACUUCCUCAAGAAAACCCGAUCCAAGUCGCCGCAAGCCAGGUUCUGCCAACUGGUGGGCCCCGCUCUUUGGCUACCAGUCCGAUCCGGAGUACAUCAGCAACUCAACCGGAGAACCGAACGCGGCCUCGGAUUCCGAAGCUGAGUCGGAACGGCCCAGAUCCAGAUUCUCCUUGGGUUGCUUCACCGAGGAGAAGGCGAAACAACUUCGGAGGAAGACCUUGGAGAGCUCCACGUUCCACGACGUGAUGUACCACUCGGCAAUCGCUUCUCGGCUAGCCAUCGACUUUUCGAACCGACCCGAAAAGUAACGGGUCUCGUUCGGAGCUCCGGUUAGUUCCUCGGUACCCGUUCUUUUUUUAAUCCGGCGCGGUUGGGGUUAUGGAGCUUUUGUUAUAGAAUAACUUUUGGUUUGUGUUGUUGUCCCUGGCUUGGCAUUAUCAAAAAAAGCGGUCUUGUAUUCUUGUUUAAUCUGCAGGGUCAAGAUCCAUUAACAACUUCUUUGUAUUUUGUAAUUUUUUUUAAUCUGAAUCGUUUAUGGA